AUGGAGUACCUCAUUCGCUUCAAGCAAAUACACAACACUUUUCGCCAAGCAGAGACGAAUGCGCUAGCAGAUCUGCUUGGCCUCACAAUAGAAUGGCUCUCAUACUCAGACGAAACACCUUUUGCCAUAAUACGCUUCCAAGAACCCGUUGACCAUGCGAGGGCGGCCAAGGAUCUAAUGACCCGCUCGAUUCUGACUUAUGCAAUCCAUGAACUUUGGGGAGAGGGCAUUGACUAUGCUUCACUCCAUGCAGAUAUACGUAGACGCACAGAGGCACGCUGGGAUGAUUACCGAUAUGUGUCAUUUCGUUUCGAGCUUGACAGCUUCCAAGGCAGCCGUUCCAGUCGCGAACAGAAAGCCACGAUGGAGGCUCUUGCAUUCAUGGACUUUCAAGGGAAAAUCGUCAUGAAGAACCCAGAUCACCUGUUUACCAUCUUCGAAGACUUCAAGCUGAAGGCUCCUGCUCCUCACCGAGUCUUUCUGGGUCGACUGGUGGCCGAGAGCAAUCGAAAGGUGGUUGCUAAAUACAACCUCAAGAAGCGCAAGUACAUUGCUACAACUUCCAUGGACGCCGAACUUUCACUUGUGACUGCCAACAUGGCUCGGGCUGGGCCCGGGAAGUCAGCGUACGAUCCGUUCAUGGGUACGGGUUCUUUCCCUCUGGCUUGUGCAGAAUUUGGCUCUGCUGUAUUUGGCAGCGAUAUGGAUGGCCGGAGCAUUCGUGGGAAGAAAGAUCGCAAUGUGAAAUCAAACUUCAAGCAGUACGGUACAUCGCCCCUCUAUCUAGGUGGCUUCGCAGCGGACAUCACAAACACUCCCUUGCGAGAGACUCGAUGUCUGGACUCGAUUGUGUGUGAUCCUCCGUAUGGUGUUCGUGAAGGUCUGAAAGUCCUCGGCAGUAAUCGAGAUUACUUACAGGAGGAGAUCUUCCUUGCGGACGGAAGACCUGCACAUCUCGUGGAAGGCUAUAUCCCGCCGAGAAAGCCCUACAGCUUUCUACGCAUGCUGGACGACAUCCUUGACUUCAGCGCGAAUAUGCUAGUCGAUGAUGGUCGGUUGUGCAUGUGGAUGCCCGUCGCAGGGGCUGUUGAAGAAGCGAUUGACGAAGACAAUGUUCAAGUCACCGAACAAGAAACCGAGUACGACGUACCACAACACCCCAUGUUGAAGCUUGUCAGCACUUGUACGCAAGAUUUCAACAAAUGGUCGAGACGCUUGUUGACCUACCAGCGACUACAGGACAGUAGCGUUGAUGCCGAUUCCUUGAUAGCAUAUCGUACGCAGAGGUUGGAGCUGCAGGGUGUCAAUGGGGAUGGGUCCGCAGAUGAGCUGAACGCUUUUCGAAGAAAGUACUUCCAGGGUUUCAAAGACUGA